AUGAAAAAAAGACAUACAGAAGAUGAAAAAGUAUGGGGUGUUGUUAAAGUUUUAGGUUUUAUUUCCCUUGGUGUUGGUGUUGGUGUUGCUAUUGGUGUUAUUGGUGGUGCUGUCAUUGGUGGUGCUGUUGGUGCUGUUGGUGGUGUUGUCAUUGGUGGUGUUGUCAUUGGUGGUGUUGGUGGUGCUGUUGUUGGUGGUGUUGGUGGUGCUGUUGGUGGUGCUGUUGGUGGUGCUGUUGUUGGUGGUGUUGUUGGUGGUGUUGUUGGUGGUGUUGUUGGUGUUAGUGAUGAUAAAAAGAUAAAUAACACCAAAAAAAUUGAAAAUUAA